ACUUUUUAUAGUAUAAAGAAGAGCUCUGUUGCUGUAAUGCAAUUCGAAAUAAUUUGAAUAAUUAUUAAAUUUAAAUUAAUCUAGCAAUGGCUUUAUCAUUACAAUUAAAACCAAUUUUGGACAUAUUAUUAGUAAUUGUACAUAUAAUUGUUGAUAAAUUGUUAGAAUUUUUGCUUGGUUGGUAUUUAGGUCCACGUAAACACUUAUCUUCAACUUUAACUCCCGGUGAAGAAAAAAUAGUAUUGAAAAGUGCAGUUGAAUUAGCAAAACUCAUCCGAGAGCGUGAAUUAACGUCAUAUGAAGUGGUAAAGGUGUUUUUGGAGCGUAUAAAAACAUUGAAUCCACAAAUAAAUGCCGUUGUGGAUGGUCCUUUUCCAGAAGCAUUGGAGCAGGCUAAAGCAAUAGAUGUUCGAUUUGCAAAAGGCGAUAUAAGUGAACAGGAACUUAUUCAAAAACCGUUUUUAGGUGUACCAUUUACAACAAAAGAUAGUACCGCAGUUGCCACCAAGCUACAUACAUUAGGUUUAGUAUCACGAAAAGAUAUCCGUGCCAAAGACGAUGCGGAAUGUAUUAGGUUAAUGAAAGAAAGUGGUGCAAUCAUUAUUGCUACUAGUAAUGUACCAGAAGUAAAUAAAUGGAUGGAGACCAGGAACAUGUUAAUUGGAAAUACCAAUAAUCCCUAUGAUUUAAGGAGAUCUUGUGGUGGCUCUUCUGGUGGGGAGGGUGCGCUUAUUACAUCGUGCUGCACAGCGUUCGGCUUAGGAACUGAUAUUGGUGGUUCCAUUAGAAUACCUGCAUUCAACUGUGGGAUCUUUGGUCAUAAAACAACAAAGAAUGUUGUAAAUAUGCGCGGUUGUACAUUCCGUACAGGAAAUGAAAAGGAAACUAUGGUAGUUGCUGGUCCCAUGUCCAAAUACGCAACUGAUUUAUUACCAAUCUUAAAAGUAAUAGCUGGCCCGAAAAUGUGUGAUAUACUUAAACUAAAUGAAAAAGUUGACCUCAAAAAAUUAAAUUACUUUUAUAUACCAUGUAACGAUAUGCCGCAGUGCAAUCCCAUUAAUGAUGAAACUAAAAUGACUAUGUUAAAAAUACGGAAUCAUUUUAAGUCAUUAACUGGAAAGGAAGUAAAAUGUAUUAAACUACCAGGUUCAGAAAUUAGUGGUAAAAUGUGGCGAUAUUGGAUGACACAGGAACCAGCAAAUUUUUCUUUGCUACUUGGAAAUGGAGUUAAGCUAAACCCUUUUGUCGAGCUAUUUAAAAAGUUAAUUGGUAGAAGUCAAUUUUCGAUGGCUGCAAUUUUUGGUCUUAUAGAUGGCAUAUUACCACAAGAAAAAGAAAGUUUCAUUAAAGAAGCUACAAUCAAAUGUAAAGAAGCUUUGAAGGAAAUAUUAGGUGAAAAUGGAGUCCUAUUUUAUCAUAGUUCGCCGCGCACUGCGCCCUUUCAUUAUUAUCCACUUGUUAAGUUUACAGACUUCUAUUACUUUGCUAUUUUCAAUGUAUUACAUGUUCCUGUCACUCAAGUACCAAUGGGUAUUGAUAAUAGUGGCAUGCCUUUAGGAAUACAAGUAGUUGCAAAUGAAAUGAACGACAGAUUGUGUUUAUCUGUUGCAGAAGAAUUGGAACGCGUAUUUGGAGGUUGGGUGCCGUCGUUUCCUGUGAAAAAUUAAAUAAAAAUUGUACCAAACUUAAAGUUUGACUAUUAUGGUGAUGGAUUUGAAAUCGAGUUUACUAAUUUUUAAAAAUCUAUUUUUAUACAAUUUUUUAUAAAAUAAAAAUAAUGACGUUAUACAUAUGUCUGGUGCAAUGUUUAAGAAUACGUAUAUU